AUGUCGGAAGAAAAGUUAUCUGCUGUUGUGGCAUUCGAUUUGACCAACAGAUUGUGGGAAUCGUGUUUGUGUUUGUCACCAGGAGGGACCAGGGACAUCGGUUCAGCCCUCACCAGGAUGUGCAUGAGGCAUCGCAGCAUCGAGGCAAAACUCCGCCAGUUCUCCAUGGUUUUUCUGGACUGCCUGAUCAACCCUCUACAGGAGCAGAUGGAGGAGUGGAAGAGAGUGGCCAACACUCUGGACAAAGACCAUGCCAAAGAGUAUAAGAAAGCCCGGCAAGAAAUCAAGAAAAGAUCCUCUGACACUCUAAAGCUGCAGAAGAAAGCCAAGAAAGGCCGCGGAGACCUGCAGCCCCAGUUGGACAGCGCCAUGCAGGACGUCAGCGACAAGUACCUGCUGCUGGAGGAGACGGAGAAGCAGGCCGUCAGGAAGGCGCUGGUGGAGGAGAGGAGCCGCUUCUGCUGCUUCGUGUCCAUGCUGCGGCCCGUCGUGGAUGAGGAGAUGUCCAUGCUGGGGGAGAUCACUCACCUCAAGACUCUGACGGAUGAUCUGAAGGCUCUCACCAUGGACCCACACAAGCUGCCCGCCUCCAGUGAGCAGGUAAUUGUAGACCUGAAGGGCUCGGAGUGCACCUGGUCCUACCAAACCCCGCCCUCUUCGCCCAGCACCACAGUAUCCAGAAAGUCAAGCAUGUGCAGCAGCCUGAACAGCGUGAACAGCAGCGACUCCCGCUCCAGCGGCUCGCACUGCCACUCCCCCACCUCCCAUUUCCGUUACCGGGCCUCCUCCUCCUCCUCCUCGGCGAUGCCCCAGCAGACGCCGGCCCGCCUGUCUUCUGUCUCCUCCCAUGAUUCUGGUUUCAUCUCACAGGACGCCUUCCAGUCCAAAUCCCCCUCGCCUAUGCCUCCAGAGAGCUUACAGUCUGUCAGUGAGGAGGCCUCCUCAUCUUCCUCUGCCUCUCACCCUGAGCCCAGCUCUGGGGACCAACAGUUGUCAAACGGCUUUGACCAUCACGCUGCCCUCUGUCCGCACGGAGUGGUCCCCCAGGCCCAGGAAACCCACCUCCACCCCUCAUACUUCACCUACUCCUCCUCCUCCACCACCAUCUCUCCCAUCUCCUCGCCCACCUGUUCGUCCGUUUGUCCGACAUGGUCCUGGGCCCAGUCGGGCUUUGGCCAGUCAGGAGAGUUCCAACCUCUCAGCCCUACAGGGGUUGGAACGGUCCCUUCAUCCAGAGUCCCAUCCUGGAAGGACUGGGCCAAACCGGGCCCGUAUGACCAGCCCAUGAUCAACACUCUGAGGAGAGGCAAGGACAGAAGAGAGACUACAGAUCCCAGCAGUCACCAGGGGCCUGAUGUCACUUCACCUGUGGAUGAGCAUCAUGGAGGCAAAGGAACCUCCCCAAAGGUGGAUAAGGAAGCCCGAGAGGAGCUGGCCAGGGUGCUGGCCCGGGGCCUCCACCUGGACAUCCACGGGUCCAGCAGGGACUCGCUGCAGGGCUCCAGCGGCUACAGCAGCCAGACCAACACGCCCUGCUGCUCCGAGGACGCCAUCCCCUCCCAAGUGUCAGACUGCGACUACUACUCCGUGGGCGCAGAUCAGGAGGGCGAGCAGCAGCACCACUCCUCAGAUUUCGAUAAGUCCUCCACCAUCCCGAGGAACAGCGACAUCAGCCAGUCCUACCGCCGCAUGUUCCAGUCCAAGCGUCCGGCCUCCACCGCCGGGCUGCCCUCCAACCCCGCGGCCAUGGUCACCCCCGGCGUCGCCACCAUCAGGCGAACUCCGUCCUCCAAACCCAACUUAAGGCGGCCCUCCGGGGGCCUCAGCCUGGGCCCCAUUCCCAUCAAGCCGCCCAUGAUCCCCGUCAAGACCCCCACCGUGCCCGAGCACCCUGGAUUCCCGGCACGGACCCCGCUCAGCCCCCCGACCACCCCCGUGUCCCCCGGCAACAGCGGGCCGCUGUCGCCCAGGUCCAGCAGCUGGGAGGGCCAGCAGCCGGACGAGGGGUCCGACCCCCCCACCCCCCCGCCGCAGCCGGGCGGCCGGCAGGCCGAGUGGGAGCUCCGGCCCCUGCCGGAGCUCCUGGAGGAGACGGAGUACAGCGAGGUGGAGGACUUUCUGGUGGCCAUCCGGCGAGGGGUCAAGCUCAAGAAAACUAUAAGCAACGACCGGUCGGCGCCGAUCAUUCACUGA